AUGCUGCAACGUCUGGGCCAAAAUGUGAACCUCGCGGGCGCCUCCCUCUUCUUCCACAUAGCCUGGCGCGAGCGGGGCCUUUGCCUGCCCCACCUCGACAUCAGCGACCUGCUCCAGGUGGACUGGGCGGCGCUGCACGGAGCCGGCUUCCGGGCUGCCAUCUUCGACAAGGACAACACGCUGACGGUGCCCUACGCGCUGGAGCUGCAGCCCAGCGCGGCGGAGUCGCUGGCGCGCUGCCGCAGCCACUUUGGCGACGCCGUCGCGCUGUUCAGCAACUCCGCGGGACUGGCCCAGUUUGACCCAGAGGGGGAGGAGGCUGCGGCCCUGGAGGCCAGCCUGGGGGUCCCGGUGCUGCGACACAGCGAGAAGAAGCCCGGCGGCGGGGUGGAGGACCUUGUGUCUCACUUUGGGUGCCAGCCUCAUGAGAUGAUCAUGGUGGGCGACCGCUACCUCACCGACAUCGUGUUUGGCAACCGGCACGGCAUGCUCACGGUCCGGCCCCGGCCCUUCACCUCCGAGGGGGAGCCCGUCACCGUGGCUCUGGCGCGGAGGCUGGAGGCGGCCUGCACGGCGCGGUGGCUGGUGCAGGGCCACGCUGCGCCCUCCCACCCGUUUUUGAAAGGCCAGGCCAGUGGCGCUUUCCUCUUGCAAUGA